AUGUUUUAGAAACAAAUUAUGAGAGCUUACGUGUACUAAAUGUGGAAAGAAAUGGAAAUAUUAUUUAUACUUACAAGGAUGAAAAGAGAAAUGUGGUCUUUGGAUUAUAUGAUUGUCAAACCAGACAAAAUGAGCAUCUGUAUACCUUUGAGAAAGACUUGCAAGUUGUCAGUUGCUCUGUCAACAAUGAGAGAACUUUACUUGCUACGAGUUUAGUUCAGUCUACUAAAGAAGGAAGAAAGAAUGAGCUUCAACCAGGGUCAAAGUGCUUAACUUUGCUGGUGGAAAUCUUCCCUGUGAACUAUGUGAAGGUCCUCAAAGCCGUGGACAGCUGUAUUUGGGUACAGUUUCUGUACCCACAUGUGGCAAGUCAUCCUCUUCCACAAAGCCACCUGUUACUGGUUUCAGAAGAGAAAUACAUUGAGCAAUUUCGUAUCCAAGUCACCCGAGAAGAUGGGAACAGAGUGGUAAUUAAAAAUUCUUGCCAUCUCCCAAGAGACAGAAUAGUGGAGGAUUUUGUUUGGGUUCAGUGGAAUAUGCCCGAACAGAGAUUAUACUACAUUGAUGUAAAGAGAUCAAGGGCUACCUUAAGAUGCAUCCAGUUCAAUACAGAUGAGAGCUUUGUCUUAAUGUUUGAAACACCCUUGGACAUACCAUUAAGUGGCUCUGAAUUUAAGCUUGUCAACUUUGGAUGUGGUUAUCAUGAAGAGCAGGAGAAAUUGUCCAAACACCUGACUCUGUAUGUUUUUACCAACCGUACAGGAAGCUUGUGUGUAUGUUACAGCCAGAAGUUUGACCCUUGGGAACAAGUCACAUAUUCAGUGUUUUAUUUGCAUGAAGGAUACAGAAAGACCUUCACUGCUGCUCCUGGGAGCGGCAGCUCACAUACGACAAAGGACAUCACCUUCCUCAACCUCGACUAUUAUGUGGCUGUUUACUUACCUGGUUAUUUCUUUCAUUUACUGAACAUUCAGCAUCCAGACUUAAUCUGCCACAGCCUGUUUCUGACAGGAAACAACCAAAUGACUGACGUGCUACCUCAGGGUCCUUUGCAGUCACUGUCGGAGUCCCUAGUACUGGAUAGUACCUCUGGGAAGCUCUACAGAGCGGUCCUCGACUCACCCCGCCUGCUGCAGUUCCUGCGGGCCACCCGGCUGGACUGUGAGCGGAUGGCUGCGUUGCACUGCCUGCUGGCCUGUGGCCGGCAGCCGCAGCCUCUGGAGGCCCAGAUUAUCCAGUGGAUUUCUGAGAACGUCUCUACCUGCCAUUCAUUUGACCUCAUUCAGGAAUUCAUGAUUGCUUCUUCAUAUUGGAGCGUGUAUCCAGAGACAAGUAACGUGGACACGCUUCUGCAAUAUUCGUCGGUGCUCACGUGGGAUAGAGAAAUUCCUGGAAUAACCCUGGUGACAGAGGAGAUCCCUUUGCCUCUGAUGAAGGUCCACAGCUUUAAGGGCUACUGGGAAAAACUGAACUCCAACCUCGAGUACGCCAAGUAUGCCAAGCGGCCCUCGCACUACAGCAACAGUGUGGUCUGGAGGGAGUGGCACAACCUGACCGCCGAGGAGGAAACAGGGAAAAGAAGGUCCACAGUGUAUGUGAGGAACAUUCUCGAUAACGCAGGCAAGGUGAUUUCUAACCUCAAAGUGCGGCACCCAGAGCCAUGGCUAAGGCCCCUCCUGCAGGAGGAGGACACCUCCCAGAUGCUGCUGACAGGGCUGAUGGUGUCUGAGCUAAAAGACCAUCUCCUAAGACACCUGCAAGGUGUACAGAAAAAGAAAAUUGAACAGAUGGUUGUGGACUACACCUCAAAACUGCUGGACCUCAUUUGCCGCAUACUGGAAACCAGUUGGAGGAAGCACAAUCUUGACCCUUGGCCUCUCCAGCUCAAUAAGCGUGGCAGUGCUGCUGAAUUUGCGGUCUUUCACAUCAUGACCAGGAUUUUGGAAGCUACUAGUAGUUUGUUUUUGCCUCUGCCUCCUGGUUUCCACACCCUGCACACCACCGUCGGGGUCUACUGUCUCCCUUUGCACAGCCUGUUGAAUUACAUCGAUAACGGAGUGUUGCUUCUCACUGAGACGGUGGUCCAAAGGCUUCUGAAGGAUUUGGACAAUACAGAGAAAAACGAAAAACUAAAAUUCAGCAUCAUUGUGCGCCUUCCUCCGCUCAUUGGGCAGAAGAUCUAUCGACUCUGGGAUCAUCCUGUGAGUUCCAACAUCAUCUCCCGGAACCAUGUGGCCCGACUGCUUCACAACUAUAAGAAACAGCUGUGGAAUUCUGAGAUCAAUAAGUCAUCGUUCGGUGUAGACUUUCUGCCUCUGAACUACUUGAUUGAAAUUCUGACCAAUCUAGAGUCCUCCAAUCAAGCUCUGAAUGAUUUUGAAGGGCACGACAAUGUGGAUGCAAAAUUUGUAGAAGAAGCCGCUCUAAAACACACCACCAUGCUUCUAGGCUUAUAAAAGAGAAAAUGUCAUUGGAUCUGUCUUCAACAUUUUAACCUUCCUCAUUAACCUGACUCUUGUUGGGAAUUCUUUGGCAAUAUCUAAAAGUGGACAAAACAGAAUAUAUGGUUGAAUCAUCUGAGUUUUAGUUUUGUACAUGUUCAGGCAGAACUAAACUGUUGGAUCUCAUUCUAGUUUUGAGCGGCUGAUGGGCAGUCAAGUAUAGAGAGACGACAGACAGUCCAACAAGACAGGAAACAGCAAUAACCGUGCGCUCUCUACUGGCUCAGUAGGCCAAAGCUAGCUUCUGUGGCACUCGGAAAUAAAAUCUACUCUAAAGAUGUUACGGAACAGUGUCUAGAGCAGCAAAAACUAGAUACGUUAUUGAAAAUAGCACAAGCAGAAAAAUUUGAUGUUGUGUAAAGAACACUGCUUGCAUAAAGAAUACUUUUAAAAAUCUGGGCUAAAUCAAAUCUGCUAUCUCUGAUACAGAAUAACUUAUAAUAUAUAGUGAUUUGUACAUAUAGAAUUUAGAAGAAGGUUUGUUUUUGUGAUGGUUCAGAUGGAACUGUAUUUAAUUCUUUUAUAUUUAUAAAAGUUUGGUUAAAUCGUGUCAUUAAAAAAAAACCCAAAUGCUGAAAGCCUUGGCCUGAUUCUUCCUGCUGUUUGAACAGCCUUUUAACUCGAGCCAGGGAUCUGAGCCCAUGAACUUGCUCCUCCGAAGGCCGGAGUGGCACUAACUAUACCUAGCUGGAGCCCUAUCAGCAGCAACACACUGCUGAUUCUUUCUCUUGAUAAGGACUUUUUCUUUCAUUCCCCACUCUGUUUCAUUUCACACUUGGAUUGCUUCUGUCUCUUCUUAGGGCCUAAUGUAGCAAACGUAUUUUUGAGACUCUGUUCCUACCCAUUUGAUAACUUGCCAUUCAUUAAAUGAUAAAAUUUGAACUCCUUGACAUUCAGCUCUCCCAAACCCUGACCCUAGCAGGAUAAACAUUCCGUUGCAGCUAAGUGAGCUCACUGGGCCUUGCACACAACUUUUGUCUAUGCCCAAGGCUUGCUCUGGCUAUUUCUCCCGCCUGGAAUCCCUCUCUACCUGUUAAAAUCUUCUUCAUGCAUAAGGGCCGGGUAGAAAGUCCCACCUGACCAUUUCAGCACAUGGUGGUACUGCCAUCUUUCAACCAGUAGUUCACCUUGUAAUAUUUCAUCAUCCAUCGCUUUGUGAAUUUAAAUUGGUUUCCAUUCUUACGUGGUUUAAACUUUCUGUGUGCCUAGUUAUUUGAAUCUCAAAGAGGUACUGAGCUCUACCACACAGCAACUGGGUUGAAGUGCACAGUAUUUCUUUGUGUUAACUGCAGCUUAUAUGCAGCGUCACCCGUCAGAGGAACUCCGAGGUGAUUCCUUUAUAAGGACUUUGCAAAGCAGCCGGGUUAGACUCAGGACUCACAGAGUGGUGUUCCAUUUCACUGUACUGUGGCAGGGUAGCGGCCCGGACCAGAGUGUUUGAUUUGGCAAAAUAAAAGGAUGCGCUAUCUCUCACUCCCAGAGUUGUAAAGUAAAAUUCGUAACUGGUACCAGUACGAAAGAGCUUCAGCAUAUUAGAGAAUGUAAAAACACAAGUUUCAGACCUACUAGUGUGCCGUGCAUGUGAGGAACCAUUUCAGAAUUAGGAAAAUGCAGUUAUCAGAAGUGCAAUAAAACUAAAGUAGAAUCAUACUCACUUUCAAGUCUUUCCUCUCGCAUGCGAAGUUAUUAGUGUUUUGAGAUUUUGAAAAAUCCAAUGUCAGAGCUUAAAACACUGAAGUUAUUUUCAGAUAAAAUAAACAUUUUAAAUAAUUGUUGUAAAAUAUCUGAAUUUCUAAGGGAGCUAAAUCAGGGCAUGAACAUUUUUACAGCAUAAGAAUUCUUGUAAAACAUCAUCAUAAAGUUACUUCAGAAAUGACAACCUUCCCGCUGCUUUUCAUCUGACAGAGUUUUACCAACACGAAUUU